GGGGAGCUGGCACGUGGAGGGGAUCCCCCAGACUCGCUCCUGCCCGCAGCCCUGCACCCUCUCUUCCGAGCCUCCCAGCUCCGCGGGAGCUGGGGGCGAUCCUUACGGCGGGGGGCGGGCGGAGAUGAAGGGAGGGCCUCGGAGAGGGUUGGGCUCGGCGGUCUCCGAGGUCCAUCCCUCCCUAAGGACGUCUCCGCCCAACGCCGAGGCUGGGGGAGGGGCGGCGGUACAGUUGGGCUCGCGCGGCCCGGCCGGAGGGGGAGGGGGAGUAGCGUGGUGCAAGCUGACGCCGUCUCCUAGCAACCAGCCUCGGCUCGCGGUCACGUGCACAAACCCUGGGUCAGGUGGCCGCCGGAGCCGGAGCUGGAGCCGGAGCUGGGGGGAGGGGGGCGCCCGGGGCGGGGCCGGAAAAGUUUGUUUCCCAACUCUGCGGGUAGCGUCCGAGCCACUGCAGCCGUCCCGGCCGCCGCCUGCUUCCCCGUUGUCUGAACCCGCCCUGGCCCCGGCCCCGGCUUGGCCUGGGAUGGAGCUGCCCGCCGUGAACCUCAAGUUUUUCAGACUCACCGACCUGUGUGUCUCCCGUUCUUCUCCCUCCUUCUGCCCCUUUGCUCUUGUAGGCCAUCGUUCUGGUGCACUGGCUGCUGACAACAUGUUUCUGGUGGGCCUGGCCAUCACCAUCCUCCUGGAUAUCAUCUACAUCAGCAUCUUCUACCCACAUGGGAUCCCACUGUCUGACACGAUACGCUUCAGCACGGGCAUGGCCAUCUUCAGCCUCCUCCUGAAGCCCCUGUCCUGCCUCUUUGUCUACCACAUGUACCGAGAGCGAGGUGGAGAGUUCAUCCUCAACAUAGGUUCCCUCGGCCCACUGCAGGAGCGCAGCGCGUACCAGACCAUCGACACGCAGGAGGACCCUGCCUUGGCUCACCCCUAUGCAGACCUGGAGAGCAAGCCGGCGGCUCGACCAUACUGAGGUCUUCCUCCCGCCCGAUGUCCCCAGAGAUCGAAAUCUCCCCACACUGGAGACUCACUCUGUUCCCCCCUCGCCCUUCCCUCUCAGAGUUUAUGAGCUUCUGGCACUGGAUAGGGUCUUGCCAUCUGUGCUUCCCUUGGGCGAAAUGGGCUCACGAUUGAGCAGUAGUCUCUCUACUCUGAUUGUGGGCCCCCUCCCAGGCUCUCAGCACCACACUCCCCAAGGUCUGUCUGAAUGCACUUUGGAUAGCUUGAGUCUGUUUGUCCGCACCUCCAGGGCCAUGCUGUCAAGUGCCUAGGCUGUGCCAAGGUCUCUGCAGCCCUAAGUGUGGCCAGUGAGGGUAGCCGUCCUCCCCACGCCCCAGGCGGGUGGGUAGCAUUUCCAUAGAGGCUGAGUGUGGAGUAACAGUGAGGGAAGCCUCUCCCCCAGGGGCAGCAGCUCCACCAUGGACACUCGGAUGGAGCCUCUGAAACACUGCCAUUGCCUUUAUUACGUAACUUUCAAGUUAUGGCAUUAAAGUUUGAGGAAUCCAA